AUGCCUUGUAUUUAUAUUUGUGGUGAAUGUGGUUCUGAAAACGAAAUCAAACCAAAGGAACCAAUCAAAUGUAAAGAUUGUACCUACCGUAUUAUGUAUAAGAAGAGAACUGAUAAGAGUAUGAACAUAAAUAUAGAUAUAGAUAUAGAUAUAGAUAUCGACAUAGAUAGAUAUAGACAGAUACAAAGUCUUGAGAUUGAUUAG